AUGCUCUUCCCCGCCAAACCCCGCUGUCGCUUUUUCCUUCAAGCGCCCGCGGUCAAUUUUCGUCUCCGCAUCUUCUCUUCGUCCUCCUUUCCCUUUAACCUUCCCUCCGCACGAGGGGUUCGAGGAAACAUUGUAUCCUCGUCGACUUGGUCUUCGCUACCGUCCUUUUUAAACCCCCCCGGCCGCUUCUUCUUCUCUUCCGCAAUUAUGGCUUCCAGAAUUGACGGCACGGCAAUUGCCAAGAGCAUUCGUGCGGGCCUCAAGGCUGAAAUUGAGCAGACUCAGCAAACUAACCCUCGAUACAAGCCCAAUUUGGUCAUCUUCCAGGGCACCUAUGUGCGCAUGAAGCUAAAGGCCGCUGAAGAGGCCAACAUCAUCUGCACCCUUAUCAAUGUCCCCGAGGAUGUCACCGAGCUUGAGCUUGUGCAAGAGAUCACCAAGGCCAAUAAUGACCCCUCCGUGCACGGCAUUCUAGUGCAAUUGCCCCUCCCCUCCCACAUGUCAGAGCACACCGUCACCUCUACCGUUGCCGACGAGAAGGAUGUCGAUGGAUUUGGCGCAAUCAACAUCGGUGAGCUGGCCAAGCGUGGCGGCUGCCCGAAUUUCAUUCCCUGCACUCCUCUGGCUGUGAUGGAGCUGCUGAAGGCUAGUGGGGUUGACCCAGCCGGCAAGGAAGCCGUUGUGCUUGGCCGCAGCGACAUUGUUGGCAGCCCUGUCAGCUAUCUGCUGAAGAACGCCGAUGCUACUGUCACCAUCUGUCACUCUAAGACCCCAGAUCUGGCUCGUGUUGUGAAGAACGCUGAUAUUGUCGUCGCUGCCAUUGGUAAGACCGAGCUUAUCACUGGCGAUUGGUUGAAGCCCGGCGCAGUUGUCAUUGAUGUUGGCAUCAACUUCAAGGAAGACGCGACCAAGAAGUCUGGCCAGCGCCUUGUUGGCGAUGUGCACUUCGACUCUGCGGUCCAGGUCGCUUCUCAGAUCACCCCCGUUCCCGGUGGUGUCGGCCCCAUGACCGUUGCUAUGCUGAUGAAGAACGUCGUUCACGCCGCCAACACCUACUUCGAGAAGCAGAAGGAUCGUCGUAUCACUCCCUUGCCUCUUCGCCGCCAAAACCCCGUUCCCUCUGACAUCGCGAUCUCUCGCGCUCAAUACCCGAAGCCCAUCUCCCAGGUCGCAUCUGAGGUCGGCAUCGCAUCCCAUGAGCUCGAGCCCUACGGCCACACCAAGGCCAAGGUUAGCCUGGACGUGAUCGACCGUCUCGCCCACCGCCGUGAUGGCCGGUACAUCUUGGUUGCCGGUAUUACUCCCACUCCUCUCGGAGAGGGUAAGUCUACGACUACACUGGGUCUCACCCAGGCGCUCGGCGCCCACCUCAACCGUAUCUCCUUCGCCAACGUCCGCCAGCCCAGUCAGGGCCCGACUUUCGGUAUCAAGGGCGGUGCGGCCGGUGGUGGUUACAGUCAGGUUAUUCCCAUGGAUGAGUUCAACCUGCAUCUGACUGGUGACAUUCAUGCUAUCACUGCCGCCAACAACCUGCUUGCUGCGGCCAUUGAGACCCGCAUGUUCCACGAGUCUACCCAGAAGGAUGGCCCGCUCUACAAGCGCCUUGUCCCCGCCUCCAAGGGCAAGCGCGAGUUUAAGCCUAUCAUGUUCCGCCGCCUCAAGAAGCUUGGCAUCGAGAAGACCAACCCUGAUGAACUUACCGAGGACGAGAUCCGCCGCUUCGCUCGUCUCGACAUCGACCCCGAGACUAUCACUUGGCGUCGCGUUCUCGAUGUGAACGACCGUCACCUGCGUGGAAUCACCGUUGGCCAGGCCCCCACUGAGAAGGGUCUGUCUCGCGAGACUGGCUUCGAUAUCUCGGUUGCCAGUGAAUGUAUGGCCAUCUUGGCUCUGAGCAACAACCUGGAAGAUAUGCGUGAGCGUCUUGGUCGUAUGGUAGUUGCUAGCUCCAGGAGCGGCGACCCAGUGACCUGCGACGACAUUGGUGCUGGCGGUGCCCUUGCCGCUCUGAUGAGGGAUGCCAUCAAGCCCAACAUGAUGCAGAGUCUGGAGGGUACCCCCGUCAUGGUGCACGCGGGUCCCUUCGCCAACAUCAGUAUCGGUGCUAGCUCGGUUAUUGCCGACAAGCUGGCUCUGAAGCUGGCCGGAACUGAGCCCGACGAGGACCACGAGGCCAAGACUGGUUUUGUCGUGACUGAGGCUGGAUUUGACUUCACGAUGGGCGGCGAGCGUUUCUUCAACAUCAAGUGCCGAUCCUCGGGAUUGUCGCCCGACACGGUGGUGAUCGUUGCUACGGUCCGUGCGCUCAAGGUACACGGUGGCGGUCCCGAGAUCACCCCGGGAGGCGCCCUGCAUGAGAUCUACCGGACGGAGAACGUGGAUAUUCUCCGGGCAGGCUGCAUCAACCUGCGCAAGCACAUUGCCAACGCGAAGCAGUACGGAGUUCCAGUCAUUGUCGCGAUUAACAAGUUUGAGACCGACACUGAGGCUGAGAUCAACGUCAUUCGCGAGGAGGCCAUCGCUGCUGGUGCGGAGGACGCUAUCCCGGCUAACCACUGGGCCGAAGGUGGAGCCGGAGCGGUCGACCUGGCCAAGGGGGUCCUGGCCGCUAGCUCGAAGCCGAAGGACUUCAAGCUGCUGUACGAUCUGAAUGGCAGCAUCCAGGAGCGUAUUGAGCGGAUUGGUAAGGAGAUGUAUGGAGCUGCGAAGGUUGAGUUCAGCGAGCUCGCUCAGAAGAAGGUCGACACAUACACCCAGCAAGGCUUCGCGAACCUGCCGAUCUGUAUUGCCAAGACUCAGUACUCACUCAGUCACGAUCCCGCGUUGAAGGGAGCCCCAACUGGGUUCACCGUGCCUAUUCGUGAUGUGCGCUUGGCAGUUGGUGCUGGUUAUCUCUACGCACUCGCAGCGGAUAUCCAGACGAUCCCCGGACUGCCGACCGCACCGGGUUAUCUGAAUGUGGAUAUUGACCCUACAACUGGGGAGAUUGACGGACUGUUCUAG